AUGGCCAAUCAUGUUGAAAAACGUCUAUUAAAUACUAAUAUUCGAUACCGUUUUGACUAUAUUGCAAAGUUUCUCAAUUUUACUGCGGAUGACAUAGCGUUACUCAAUAAUUUUGAAAAAAUCGCUCAUCCACACAUUCAAACAUUGGUCGAAGUUAUUUAUCAAAAGUUAUUUGAAUAUGACAUAACCAAAGAAUACUUUAUUAAGCAAAAUUUUAUUUUUAAAGGCGUCAAGACAACUGACAACAAUCAACUGACGUUACAAUCCGAUCAAAUGCUGUUCCGUGUAGAGAGCAUUCGAAAAUAUUUGGCUCGCAUCUUACGACAACACAUAUGGAACGAUGCAUUUCUUCAGUACUUAUCGACUAUCGGUAAAAAGCAUACGAAUCUUGCAGGUGUACACUCAAUUGAUAUCGACUAUAUACAUAUCAAUGCUAUGCUUGGCUAUCUUCAACAUACUUUCAUUGAAAUUAUCCUAAGUAGUGAGGAACUUGACGAUACAACGAAGAAAACAACUUUGCUUGCAAUAAAUAAAUUAUUCUGGAUUCAAAAUGACUUUUUCUCCAUGCAUUAUAUUGUCGCAUCACACGAUGACCAUUGA